UCAGGUCACUGAAACCCUAAUCGCGUGCUCCCCGCUUUCUCUUUCCUAAAGCGUUCGUAGUGGGUAACUGGUACCUCAGAGUCUAACCGGUUAGAGCGCGAAGAUGGCGUGUGCUUCGCUAUAGUCUCUGCAGGCUGUAUCUCGAAACGCGUAGUUUUCGCUGACGAUGGUGCUGCACAGAGCAAGCAAGCGGAGAAAGGUGCACGGGGCCUUUCCUUUCGCGCUCUUUGGCUCGAACGAGUGUCCCGCAGAUUUUCCCCGCGGCCCGGUUCCUUUUCGCCAACUAGUUCAGAAUCUAAUUCGCGAUUUCGCAGAGCCCGAUUCGUGUAACAUCGAGGGCGUCGCUUCGUGGACGAUUCGCCUGCAAGACGACAAGGGCCACCGCAUCGGCUUGCGUGUCCUCGAGGAGAACGUGCGAGCGUCGGGCCGCGCACACUGCGACAACUGCCGCGUGGCAGGGUGGAGCCACCACCCAGUGUCCGUGCACCGCUACCACUUCAUAAUACCGCUGGUGGCGGACGUGGACGAGAACAACAGCCAGGGCAUUGGCAAGGGCCGCAAGCUCUGCCCCAACUGCAGCGCCGUCAUCGCCUCUAAUGCCAAACGGUGCACUGCAUGUGGGCACGACGCAGUGCGUGGCACCCUGCUGGAGUCUCAGACGCAUCUGCUGCACGGAGUGGUCCACACCAACGGAUUCGGCCACCUUCUCCGAAUCAACGGCCGGGAACGCGGCUCACGCCUCGUCACUGGGCGGCAGCUGAUGAGCCUGUGGGACCGCAUGUGCACCAUGCUUAAUGCCAGGGAGGUGACAUGCAUGGAUAUGUCCAAGAAGCUUGGCCUGGACUUGCGUCUGCUGCAUGGGCUGGCGUACGGGCACCCGUGGUACGGCCGGUGGGGUUACCGCUUCGGCAAGGGGUGCUACGGCGUGACUGAAGACGUCUACAGUCACGCCCUCGCAGCAGCGGCCGCGACUCCACUUGCGGCGAUCCAAGAGCAUUUCAGGGGAUUGGACCCGGACUUAGUCGCUAUUAUAGAGCAUUAUCGGUCGUGGGCCAGCAAGAACAACACUAGCGCGUCGAUAGAUGCCGUGCCAGUACCUCGUGCUAUAGCACCACCUCAACCAGCUGCAGCGCUUGCUCAAGACCCACGGUCUACUGUAAAACAUUCACUACCAGCAGGAGCAGUUUCAGGAGCGGCAGCAGCAGCAGCAGCAGCGACAGGAGCAGCAGCAGCACCUGGAAUGCAAGUAGAGCUGCGUGCAGCAUCAGGCCCUGGAGUCGUGACCUCCCAAGCAACGGAUUCUGCCAUCGUAGGAGGGACCACUCCUAUUAUCCCCUGCCAUCAGCCGCUCCAUCCCACGCUGCCCCUUCCACCUUCUCCCCUCUCACCAGCUUUCCUUGAUACUUCUUCCCAUGCUACAGCCCCCCAUGCUGCAGCCCCCCUUGCUAAUGCCCCCCAUGCUACUGCCCCCCAUGCUACUGACCCCCAUGCUACUGCCCCCCAUGCUACGGCUCCCCAUUCGGGUCUCCCCCAACCGGCCCAAGCCGAAGGCUUGAGAACACUGGGCCAACUCAUAAGGCUGAUGCUCGAACUGCUGUCGUCAUGUCCUGCUGCCGCCCCCGCUGCUACCGGUGCUGCUGCUGCUGCUGCUGCUGUUGAUCCUGAAGUCCCUGUUGCCCCUUCUGCUGCUGUUGCUGCUGCUGCUGCAGCUCCUGCUGCUGCUGCGGCUCCUGCCGGUGCAGCUAGUCAUAUAGCUAGUACUAGUAGCAUGGGCAGUAAGAAAGUUAGGACUGGUGUACAUUCUGCCUCCCUCCCUUCAUCUCCUGACAUAACCCCGAGACUGAAUUUUCUCGCAUUGACCUCUCCUCCUCUGACUUCCCCUCUACUAAGCUCCCCCCUACUGACCUCCCCUUCACUUACUCCCUCCCCACUCACGCUCCCCUCCUCGCCCCUCGCCCCUAGUCCCUCUAACCCUGUCACAGCCCAAAGGCCUCUCUCUUCUCCUAAACCUCUUCCUCGUUCACCAUCCAAUUCACGAGGCAUCAAGAGCCCACCUCCCAUCACGCCCCGAACCCGCUGCAAGGAGCACGCUCAAGUGCAGGAUCCGUCCCCCCUUUCUCCCCGGACCAGGCUCGGCGGCACGGCUUCGGCACCCAGGCUGACUGCCGAGCCUAGCUUCAAGGUCUGGGUGAAUUCUGAAAGAGAUGUGCAGGACAGAAUCGGGGCAUGUGCAGGUAUGGAGGGAGGCACUACUCUCGAUAGAAAAAUCCCCAAGGUAAUGCUUAGAGAUAGAAUGAUUCCUAACGUAACUGUUACAGAUGGUUUGGGCCCUGCAUUAGAACAUCCUAACAGCAUGCCUAGAGCUCCAGGCGGCAGCAGUUGCAGGGUUUCAAAGGGUACUGAGGUUACCAAGUCGCGUGGUAACUUGUGUGAGCUCGUGUCCCCACGAAGCAGACAAGCAAGAGGCGUUGUUAGGUCUUCUUCUGCUAGUGUGCCCCCUGCUGAACGGGGAAGGGUAGGCAGAGGAGCAGAGGGGGACGUAAAUGGGCGGAGGAGAGGAGAAGAGGGUGGGGCGGAUGUGUGGACGAGAGGAGACAGGGGUGGGGCGGAUGGGGUAGCGCAGGGGGAAGCAGGGGGGUUAGGGAGCCGAGGAGAAGUAGUGAGAACAAGGGGAAAAGAGGAAUCAGUGGGAGCAGUGGGAGGAGGUGGGAGGGGUGGGGGGAGACCGAGAGGCCCGGCACAUUCCACCGUUUUGACGAGUGAUGAGGAGUCUUCCAGCUCAUCAGAGGGGAGUGAUGACGUGGGCGAGGCCACAGGAGCAAGAGAAACAGCAGUAGGAGCAGCAGGAGCAGGAGUAACAGCAGCAGAAGCAGCAGUAGCAGGAGUAGUGGGGCCGGCAAGAGCAGGUGGAGGGGCAGGAAGGGGAGGAGGCAGAGGAAGAGCGGCGCGUGGGGGAGGAGGGCGAGGGAGGAACGGCGAGCUCAAGGCGCUGGUAGCAGCAGAUGCUCAUGCCCCAGGGGAUGAUGUUGACAGCCCAGUUGACAGUCCAGUGGACAGUCCAGUGGGAGAUGAGGCAGCAAGGGCCGCUAUGGGGAGACUGGGGAGAGGAUGGAGGGGAGAGCUCGUAAGCAGGGAGGGGGAGGGUUGUGUGGGUCACGGGGCUUUGGAACCAGCGCAAGAGUUAGAGGCUCGGAACGGAACGAUUCGGAAUGGGCAUGCUCGCUCUGGGAAGGAGCGUGAGAAGAAGUGUGAGAAGGAGUGUGGGGAAGAGUGUGGGGAGUAUGAUUACAGGGGCUUGGAUGCGCAUGGGGAUUGUGAGGAGCUUGGCUGGUAUGCGGAGCAUGCUGGUGGUGAUGGUGAUGGGUGGUGGGGGCUGGACGCAUGGGAGGAGGAGCUAAGGGCCGAUGUGAUGGGGUGCGGUGCGCAGAUGUCAAAGGACCAUGUGAUGGGGUGUGGGGGCGAGAACGGAUGCGGAUUAGUGGAGGGAGAGGAGAGGGGGGAUGAGGGGUCGGAAGGAAAGGAGGAGAAGGGGAUGGGGAAUGUGAAAGAGGAGAAGGAGGCGGGAGAGGGUAGCGAAGAAGAAGAAAUGGAGGAAGGAGGCGGGGCAGACGAGAAGUUGGAGGAUGAAGAGGAGUUAGUGUUGCAGGAGCUGGGCGAAACGACGGGAGUGCUGGAAUCGGGCGAGGAGAAGGAGGAGGAGAAGGAGAAAGAGAAGGAAGAGGAGGAGAAGGAGGAGGAGCAGCAGGAGAAGGAGAAGGAAGAGGAGGAGAAGGAGAAGGAGCAGCAGGAGAAGGAGAAGGAAGAGGAGGAGAAGGAGAAGGAAGAGGAGUGGGGCUGGGAGGAAGGGAUGGUGGAUAGGGGUGGAGUGGGGGAGGGGGGCAAUGGAAGGAAAGGGAGGCGGUGGGUUUUGCGGGGGGAUGCCGACGGUGGAAGAGGGGGGGCAAGCAUUCGAAGGACGGGAAUACGAGAGGGGCAUUUAGAAGUGGAUGUGAAUACGAGACAGGCGUUAGUCGAGAGCAACGAAGGUGGGGAAGCAGGCGAGCCAAGGUCAUCAAGGGUUGACAGUUGUUCUGUGGGGAGACCGCUGAAUGGAAAAAAAGUCGCUGCCAGUUUGGAUAACAGGCAGCCUGUAUAUAGAGGAGCUCGUCUGGUUGAAAAGGAGGGCAUUGAAAAGAAGGGCGUUGGUAAGAAGGAUCUCCACGAAAAUGUUUCCAAUGUACAGACGCAGGGGAAACGGCCAGGGAAGACAGGAUGUGUGAAGAGUGCCGUGGAGAAUGGAAAGGGUGGCAGAGAGCGAAGCUGUGGGGAAGUAGGGAAGCCGAGUUGUGGUGCGAAGCGGAAAGAGGCAGUGCUGAAUGAGAGGCGGGAGAAUGGGUGGAGUGAUGUGAGAGAGUAUGCUGGGGGUGAGCAGAGGGGCAAUGAUGGGAGAGAUAGGAGGAGCAGAGAAGCAGUUUUUGAGACUUCUGGAGAAGCAGCUGCGAGUGCAAACGGAAGGUGCCUUUCCAGGGAAGGGAGGCACCAACCAUCUGUUGGCCUGACGAAGAGGCACAGGCUGGAGGAGAGGAAGCUGCUGCAGCAGCAGCAGCAGCAGCCACUGCAGCAGCAGCAGCAGCAGCAGGAAGAGCAGAAGAAGCAAAAGAAACAGGCAACGCUGCAAUACCCGGUUAAGAGAGCGGAAAGUGUAAAGCGGAGUGGGCCGCUCAACGGGACUCGGUAUCUGACAAUGGCGGGGGAGGGGUUGGCAGGGAGGAGGGGGGCAGAAGUGCGGAGAGAGGAGCAAGAGCAGGGGAGGAAGAAGAUUAAGACAGAGCCGGAGCAUGGUGAGAUGCCAGAGGAGAGGAGAGGGAAGGGGGACGCGAUGACAGAGGGAGCAUGGGAGGGGUGGGAGGAGAGGGAGGGAAGGGAGAGGAAGGAAGGGAGGGAUGAGAGGGCAGGAAAGGGGAGGAAGGAAGGGGCAUGUGGUAAGGAGCGGAGGGAAGCGGGGGAGGGUUGUGAGGAGAGGGAGAGCAAGAGAGUAAAGCAUGGGGAGUGUGGCAGAGGGGCGAAGGUGGUUUGUGAGUCAGCUAAAGCGGCAGCACGGGCUGGGAUGGAGGGUUGUGCCAUGGAGAGAAGGGGCCUACUUGUGGAUCACAGAGGUGCUGAUACUGAUGAGGACAAGUGCUUGUUGCAGUGUGGGAUGCAGGAUGGUGAGGAGGCACAGCAAACGGUGCAUAGUGCUCAGCCAACAGGGCGAAAUGCCCCAGCAAUCGAAGUCCAUUCCUCCGUACCUUUGUCUCCCCCGAAUGCAGCAUUAGCCCAACUUCCAGGACCCCCUUCUCCCCCACUUCUCCCCAAGCUGACUGCCCAUCUCCCUAAAGCCUCUGAAGCGCCUCAAGAGCACUCUCCCAUGAUCUCAAUCCCGUUGGAGACGACUCUAAGACUGUUUGCUCCGCUCCCAACCCCCUGGGGACCUCAACUCACUGGAUUCGGGGCACAGGACGGGCUGGGGGCUGAGGCGGGUAAGUUAGGGGGAGGUGGUGGGGGGGGAGGAGGGGGAGGAAAAGAGGGUAUGAUUCUGGAUCACAGCAAAAGCACAGGACCCAGGGCGCUGGCACUUAGUAAAGCAGCCUCGUUUAGCAAAGAGCGGGGUUUGAAGACUCCUAGCAAUGUAGGAGCGGCUUGUGCUUCUCCUGUGAGUGGCGGCUUUGAAAAGGCAAUCCACCAGCAGUAUCUGCAGCAGCAGCAGCAAGGUGCGGCAGUGGCGCUGCUGCCCGCUACUAGUAACCCCGUGGAGCCUCAUAUGCGCUAUCUCUACCGCAACCUGCUAGAAGGCGCAGCCCGGCCCUUGUACUCCAGGUCCCUCUAUCCCAGGCCUUUCUACCCCGGCCUGGUUGCCUCACCACUCCACCCCACCCUUGCCAGCAGGGCCUUCGCACCAACCCUUCCUGCCAGGCCGAUUCCCCCCACCCAGCAUCUGCAACGGCCCUUCAAACCCUCCCAUGCUAGCCCACCCACGCUUGCUGGCACCAGCGGCGGCAGCAGCGGCAGCAUUGGCAGCAGCAGGAUUGGUGCUGCUGAUGCUGAUGGGCUCCUGGCGCUGGUUCGCGUGAUUCUGGACACAAAGCACCUGGUGAAGGGGUACUGGGGUGGGGAGCGGUGCGGAGCGGCAGUGAGAGAGGCGGAUGGGUGGAUGUGUGUGGCGUUUAGGGUGGCGGUGGAGGGAAGUGGGGAGGAGGAGGAGGAGGGGAAACCUUCGGCUAUAGUGGAAGGUGAAGGGGAGGCAGGUGGAGAAUCAAGUACUGGGGUAGCAGCAGGAUUAGGAGCAGGAGCGGAGGCAGGUGCACGGCAAGCAGCAGUAAUAGCAGCAGUUAAAGAUGAAGCAGCAACGGCAGUAACGUCAGAAGCUGCAGCAGGAGCAGCAGCGGCAGUAAGAGGAGUGGAGCCUGUGCCACGGCAGAGGAAGCUCGGGCCGGUACCAGUGGAGUAUGUGGUGGUGCCGACAGACGCCUCAGUGGAGCAGCUGAGAGUGGCGAUAGAGAGGAGCAUGAGAGACACAUAUUGCGCCAUGUCCAGAUUCAGCGUUUCUCAGCUCCCCCUCCUCGCUCAUCUGCCACCCUCAGCCUUGGUUCGGCCGAACCUGAGCCCUCGCUGCGUGUUGCUGGUUCGGGGCUCAGGCAUGGACGGAGGCUCGGACCUGUGCUGGGAGGGAGGUUCGGAGGGGUGGGUGGUGGAAUGUAGCUGUGGCACGAGGGACGACGACGGCGAACAGAUGGUGGCGUGUGAUAGGUGUGAGGUGUGGCAGCACACUCGCUGUGCGGGAUUCUCUGAGCCCCCCUCCAGCUUCCUCUGCGACCUCUGCUCGCUGCUGCUCUAGCCUCUCUGCUGUUCAAGCUGUGAUCCCUGCUGCUGUAGCCUGUAGGUUCGCACUGGCUCCUGCUGCCUGUAGCAUAUGCUCCAUACAUACGUACCCAACUCGACACUGUCCACGAUGAAGCACCUCUUGCUUGCUGUAAUAACCUACCUUCCAACUAACCUGUGGCCCUCUCACAGCAAGGCUGUCGAUUUUCUGGUAAGUGUCGCUACUUUUAGUAC